ACAUGUCGAAUGUAAAUGCCCUUCAAUCCAAUCUCCUAAACAGUUAAUCCAAGUUUGCUUUAUAAAUAUUCUUUUCUUUCGAACUUUGCUGGGCAAGUGGCAGCCAAUUAGUCAUCACUUUUACUCCCAAAAACAUCUGUUAUUUUCUUGGGGUCUAACAGAACGUGUGAAUCAUUACAAUUCUUAUUUCAUAUACAUAUAUUUUCCAUCAUCUGCUUCUCAAAUUUCUAUCUGAAGAUUAGUUUUUCAAAUUUUCAUUUGGUAAAAAUGAUAAGAAAAUUAGCUGUUUUUUGUUGGGUUUUAAUCUUCUGCUUCUGGGCUUCUGCAAAUGCUUUGCUUUCUCCAAAUGGUGUCAACUUUGAAGUGCAAGCUUUGAUGGAAAUCAAGAGCUCAUUAAUUGAUCCUCGUGGAAUUCUCAAUUGGGAUGUAAAUGCUGUUGAUCCAUGUAGUAAUUGGGCAAUGGUUACUUGUUCAAAAGAUAAUCUAGUCAUUAACCUAGCAGCACCAAGCCAAAGUUUAUCUGGAAAAAUAUCGCCUAGCAUCGGGAAUUUGACUCAUCUUCAGAGCAUAUUGUUACAGGAUAAUAAUAUUACAGGACCAAUACCUGUUGAGAUGGGGAGGCUCCCAAAACUUCAGACUAUUGAUCUUUCUGAUAACUUGCUUACUGGCCCAAUUCCCUCUUCCUUAUCCCAAAUAAAAAGCCUCCAAUACCUGAGAUUGAACAAUAACAGUCUCACCGGAACUAUUCCUCCUUUAGGCAACAUGACUCAACUCUCAUUUGUAGAUUUGUCCUACAAUAAUUUGAGUGGUCCAGUACCAAGAAUAGUCUCCAAAACAUUCAAUGUUUUGGGGAAUCCUAUGAUAUGUGCAUCUGGGAAAGAGCAAGACUGCAAUGGAUCUGCACCAUUGCCACCGCCAUUCUCUAUGAACAAUUUUCAAAAUCCUCAGCCAUCAAGAACAUCCAAUAGUCGUAAAAUCGCCUUAGCCUUUGGAUCCAGUCUCGGCUGCAUUUGCCUAUUGAUUCUUGGGUUCGGUUUCCUUCUCUGGUGGAGAAAUAAGCACAACCAGCAAAUAUUCUUCGAUGGUAAUGAACAACAUCAUGAAGAAGUGUGUCCGGGAAACUUGAGAAGGUUCAAAUUUAGAGAACUUCAGAGUGCCACAAACAACUUCAGCAGCAAGAACAUACUGGGAAAGGGCGGUUUCGGUAUUGUCUACAAAGGUUGUCUCGAAGAUGGAACAGUUGUAGCUGUAAAAAGGCUUAAAGAUGGCAAUGCCAUUGGCGGAGACAUUCAAUUUCAGACAGAAGUCGAAAUGAUCAGCCUAGCCGUACACAGAAACCUCCUCCGGCUGUACGGGUUUUGUAUGACACCUAGUGAAAGGCUACUCGUGUAUCCCUUCAUGUCCAAUGGAAGUGUUGCUUCACGACUCAAAGCCAAACCAUCCUUAGAUUGGGGCACGAGGAAAAGGAUUGCCUUAGGAGCCGCACGUGGUUUGUUAUACCUUCACGAGCAAUGUGACCCCAAGAUCAUUCACAGGGACGUAAAGGCUGCAAACAUAUUGCUCGAUGAUUACUGUGAGGCUGUCGUAGGAGAUUUUGGAUUGGCAAAGCUAUUGGAUCAUCACGAUUCACAUAUCACAACGGCUGUUAGGGGCACCGUUGGACACAUAGCACCCGAGUAUCUCUCUACAGGCCAAUCCUCGGAAAAAACAGAUGUUUUUGGGUUUGGAAUUCUUCUACUAGAAUUGAUCACCGGUCAAAGGGCUUUAGAAUUCGGGAAAGCAGCAAAUCAAAAGGGAGUUAUGCUCGAUUGGGUUAAGAAAAUUCAUCAAGAAAAGAAGCUAGACAUGCUUGUGGACAAGGACUUGAGAAACGACUAUGAUAGAAUCGAGCUCGAGGAAACAUUACAAGUUUCGAUGUUGUGCACACAAUACCUUCCUAGCUAUAGACCGAAAAUGUCUGAAGUGGUUCAUAUGCUUGAAGGAGAUGGACUCGCAGAUAAGUGGGAAGCUUCGCAUAGAGCAGAUGGUACAAGAUGCAGAGCCAAUGAAUUCUCCUCUUUAGAGAGAUAUUCUGAUCUAACUGCUGACUCUUCAUUGCUUGUCCAAGCAAUGGAACUCUCAGGACCGAGGUAAUAUAAUUCUCGUACGAGGAAAUAAGAGAAGAAGUUACAGGAACGCAAAUUUAUAACAUAACACAAAUGUAUGAUUUCUAUGUAAUUAGUUUGUUACAGUUUGAUAUGAAAGCUCUAGAGUGGAAGUGAGUUUGACCGAUAGAUUCAGAUUUGAGGAACUUUCUUUAGGCUAGAAGUUAUUCAGUGUUUCUUGUUUCUUUAGAGAGUGAUCUUUACGGGAAUGUUUUCAGGUUGAAUUUGUAAGAAUAAUGAUCUUGGAAAUUGAAUUGCUUCGUUAAUCCUGAAAAUUUGCCUACUUGAA